CGAUGCUGGACCCCAGCUUGCCGCUCUCCUGGAGACAAUCCGCUCCAAGUCUGGUUUCGAGCGGUUCCUACUCGCCGCGUCGGAAGCCGAUAUGCUCGAGACUGCACUGCCCGGCCCGAUCGUCGUCCUAAAUGUGAGCUCGUAUCGCUCCGAUGCCUUGUUCAUUGAGCAGUCCGGCAUCCGAUUACUGGAGCUGCCACAUCUCUGUCAAGACUCCAUUAACGAUCAUAUCCGUGAACUUGAAACUCUCGACACGCUUGGAUGGCUCUGGGAUGCCAUCGUCUGUCCCGUUCUUAAUGCUCUAGGCUUUACUGGGCCUCCUUCGGACAGGCAGUGGCCGCACCUGUGGUGGGUUCCCACCGGCAUACUGACCCGGUUUCCUCUCCAUGCGGCGGGGCACCAUCUGAGGCGCACCGGCGAAACGGCACUAGACAGGGUCGUCUCAUCUUACGCCUCAUCAGUCAAAGCGAUCAUUCAGAGUCGCCGGCGGCAACAUCGACCGCCGGCAGCCGAGGAGUCCCGAAAUGCUGUUGUCAUUGCCAUGCAGAACACGCCAGAACAUAAAUCACUCAAACAUGCAGGCGACGAGGUUGAUGCAGUCGUGGCUGUUUGCAAGUCAAUGGGGUUGCCGGACCACCGGCCUCGACCCUACAUGGCCGAUGUCUCGUCGGCGUUGGAGGCCUGCAGGAUAUUCCACUUUGCCGGCCACGGUAGCACGCAUCCAACAGAACCGCUGCAGAGCCAGCUGCUCCUCGAGGACUGGAAGAGGGAGCCAUUCACAGUGGCCAGCCUCCUGGAGACCAACCUGACCUCACAGCGGCCAUUCCUAGCCUACCUCUCGGCAUGCGGGACUGGUCAGAUCCUAGAUGAAGGGUCUGUUGACGAGAGCAUCCAUCUUGCCAACGCCUGUCAGCUAUCAGGGUUCCGUCAUGUGAUAGGUACGCUUUGGGGCGUGGAUGACGGGCUAUGUGUGGACAUGGCGAGAAUGACGUAUGAGUUUCUACGGGACAAGGGCAUGAGUGAUGAGUACGUGAGCCGGGGCCUUCACCGGGCAACGAGGAUGGCCCGAGAUCAGUGGGUGGAUAGUGAACAUGCCGGGCGCGAAGAGUCAUGGCCGUGGGGAGCGGACAGGGACGGUAAAUUGAGCCAAGGGUCGGAGGCAAGGCGGCCGUUGUGGGUUCCCUAUGUUCACUUUGGUGUUUGAUAUUACAGAUAUGUUAU